AAAAAAGGCAGUUAGCUUAGCAGUUAGAAUCGUGUUGAUGUAGUUUCGUAUUUUUAAAAACGUUAGUAUUUUUUGUUUAAAUGUUUGUUCAGGUCAUAAAAACUUAUUUUUAAGUUUUAGUUAAGUAACUACAGCUAGCUAACGUUCUAUUAGCCUGGUUGUUAGCAUGCUAAUUCUACCAACGUUCCUUUAAUUACAUUUAACUAUACAGAUAAGUAGCUAAUUCAAAUAAUGUUGAAAGUCUAAUUUUAAGUAAAACAGAUGUAUGGCUGAGAUUAGUUAGUUAAGGUAUUAGUAAGUAGUGUUUAUUAGUAGUUAAGGUGUAUUAGCAGUGGUAAGGUUAGCUAGCUGCUGAGCGCUGUACCGUCUCUCUCACAGGAGCUAAAACUGAAGAUUAAUUAAUUUAUUAAUGAAGAACAAUGUCUCUUAAAGACUGCACUUCAUCCAGAGACACCAGUAGCACAGGUGCGACAGUAAAGAGACAGAAGCGCCGCACGUCCACAGACAGGAGUCUCACUGUCUCACCUGGCGGUGAGGUGAAGACCAUGCUGGACUGUUUCAGAGUGGACAUAAACAAGUCGUUUAUGGCUAAGAGGAAGUGUUUGGAGUCGUUCACCAGCUCGUCUCUGAAAACCAGCCAGCAGACGAUCGAGGCCCUGUGGAGGUCUCAUCAGAGAGAGCGAGCUCAGGUGUGUGAGGAUUACAGUGCUGAGUUCUCGUCCGUGUUCCAGCAGUGGCAGAGCGACAUGCAGAGGAGCAAAGACCAGGACAGGAAACUCACGUCUCUGUUCCAGCGUCAGCAGAUGAUGUUUCAGCAGAUGAGAGCUUCACAAACUGAGAGACUGAAGAUGCUCAAGGAGACUGUAGAUCUCUACAUCAAGAGCACACAGGAUCUUCAGGAUGCUCACGAGGAGCAGACCAUUGUGGCCAUGAGUGAAUUACGUCAGGAGAUGGCGCUGCUGCAGAAGAAACUCCUGAUAAACACACAGCAGGAGGAGAUGGCGUCGGUCAGGAACGCUCUGCAGUCCAUGCUCAUGUAGGUACUGACGCAGACCUUUACAGACCAAGACGAGUUCUAACGAGGCCGUGUGUGUGUGUGUGUGUGUGUGUGUGUGUGUGUGUGUGUGUGUGAGAUCCUUCACUCAGUCUGACUGAGGUUCAGGGCUACAAACGUCCUCUUUCAUUCUUCUCAAAUCUUCACUCAGGUUCACUUUGCCGUCUGAAAAUAAUUAUAGUAUAAAAUAAAUAAAUCCACAUAACGUUACUGAGAGACUCUGAAUAAACUCUGUGUGUGAGAUUA